GGCAAGUGGGCAGCACACGCCUCCCUCCUCAGUCGGCAGAUACGAGGGCUCCAUGCCAAUCCCACCAGUGCUGAGCCUCCGCGGAGCGAGCGGCCGAGUGCCCAAUCUCCGCUUCGGCCGCCGGCUGCCGAGCUACUGGAGCCGAGACUAGCCGCUGCUCUGCUGGGUCUAGAGAGGCAGGGGAGGCCUUCCGCGUCCGCUCUCGUCGGUGCUUCGCGCCCUACAGCAAAAGGGUUUGUUGUUGCCAGUCAACUUUGACCCUGGAGAUGGCAUUGCCGCAGCCACGUGUGUGCGUGACCGGAGGCGGUGGGUUCAUCGCCUCGUGGCUCAUCAAGCUGCUUCUCUCCCGUGGCUACACCGUCCAUGCCAGUCUCCGCGACCCAUGUGAUCCAAAGAACGCCCAUCUGAUGCAGCUGGACAAGGCUCGAGAGAAUCUGCACCUGUUCAAGGCUGAUGUGCUCGACUGCGAAACUCUAACACCGGCGAUUGAAGGUUGUCGAGGGAUCUUCCAUCUUGCCACUCCAGUGCCUGAACAUAAGAUUGUUGAUCCUGAGCGUGAAGUACUGGAUCCUGCUGUAAAAGGUACCUUGAAUGUUCUAAAGAUUUGCUCAACUCUGAAGGUUCACAAAGUUGUUGUGAUGUCCUCCAAUGCUGCUGUUACUUCAAACCCAAAUUGGCCUCAAGAUAGACCCAAAGAUGAGAGUUGCUGGUCAGACAAAGAGUUCUGCGAGGAGAAAGAGGAUUGGUAUUCUGUUGCCAAGCUUGUCGCUGAACAAGAAGCCUUGGAAUAUGCAGAGGAAAAUGGACUAAAUGUUGUUACACUUUGCCCACCUUAUGUUUUUGGUCCACUACUGCAGUCUACAGUGAAUACCAGCAGCAAACUCCUCAUCUAUAUUAUAAAAGGAGGCCCUGAUGUGAUGACCAACAGACUCUGGGACAUAGUAGAUGUGCGUGAUGUGGCUGAUGCUUUGCUUAUUUUGUACGAGAAGAGUGAGUCAUCUGGGAGAUAUAUUUGCUCGCCAAAUCUCAUUUGCACGAGGGAUUUGGUGGACUUGUUGAAGAAGAUGUUCCCAAAGUACCAUUACAUAGAUGAAAUCGUUGAUGCCGACCAUGGAGCAGCACCAUUAUCAUGUCAGAAGCUGCGGGAUCUGGACUGGGAACCAAGGAAGCUGGAGGAGACGCUCACAGAUAGCGUCGAGUCAUAUGAAAAGGCAGGCCUACUCCAGGAUGUAGCUGGAGAUCCUUGCCGACUUCCAUCUCUCAUCCGUAUGUGGCUGUAGCCUGUAGAAGGUACCAUGAAUCAACUGUGACCACCUUUGGAACAUUACUGAGCUCAACUUGAAGUAACAAGGAGUCAUUUUCCUCAAACAAAAUACACUAUAUGGGGUCAUGUUCCAUUUUUCCAACUCUGCCCUUGUAUAUUUUGCUGUGGUUCCAUUCCCAGAUCGCGAACAUAGAGUAGAAACCACUACCAAUCCAAUAUUGCAGUAACAAUAAAAUAUUUUUCUUCGUGUUUAA